UAUUCCAGAAAGCCUCCUGAGGGCGCUCUAUAACUUGUAAGAUAGGAGUUCGUGGAACGGCUAGCGUAAACUUUCGUGGUAAAAGCUUGUUAAAUCUACAGGAUGAAGAAACGAGAUUGAAAUGUAACUCCAAUUAUUCGAUCUGAAAAGCCUGGAAUAUGUUCUUCUGGUUUUGUUCAGCAAGGCACUGCCAGUUUGUGGCAGCCAUGGCGUUUGUUAGACGAUUUUGCACCUCGGUAAGCGAGCUUGGCCAUCCCCAUGCCGGUAAGCAGUUAUCCAGAAAGGCAACUCGCUCAUCAUGGCUGGGCACAUCAGCCUGUAACCCUCUCAUCAACCCAGCCCUCUCGAUCACAACAGGGCGUGAUGUCUCCCUGCAGCACAUCUUUUUCUCCAGACUCAGGCCAACAGGGAACAGCAGUAAAGCAGGAACUUGUCCAGAGAGCCUUGCUUAUCCCUUUGCCCGGUCAGCCUCCGGUGGGGGUAGAUCCAGCUCUCUGCACUGGGACCGGCGGGAGACGUCCCUCAUGUGCUUGAAAGACUCCACCCCUUCUUGCUCUGAAGGGCUACACCCACCCAAGCUCUCACCCCAUCAAGGGGAAGGCGCAACAGCGGACGAGCUCGGCAUCAAAGACUCCAGUGACCGUGAGCCUCCAGUGUUAUUUUCGGUGGAGAGGAGCACCGUAAAUCAUGUCCUUUCCCUGCUGACGUCCUCGCUUCACGUCCAGGACGGACUGAAGGACAUUACCGCCACCCUGCGCAGGUUGUCGGCCACUAUGCAUGUCCAGAGCAUCAUGGAGACAGCAGCCAAGCCGUGGGAUGUAACCAGCAGCGAUGAUAUCAUCAUUCGCAACAACCCACCAAAUGAACAACACGGUGCAAACCACAUUCUGAACAAUUGGGGAACUGGGCGUCAGGACUCCAGCUGUCAAAACCAGUUGCCCAGUCAGCUAGAGGCUGCUCAAUCCCUCAAGUCUACUGAAAAGCUGCCGGCAUUAGAUGUCGGUGUACUACGACAUGCAGAAGGCAUUCACAGGACACAUCUGUAUUUCAAUAAAGUUUAUCACGUCCCAAUGGUCGCAGCUGUACCUGAGCCAAAUCAUCUUCAGUCCUCCACGGGCGACCUCCAGCCUCCCCCUGCCAAACCGGGCAGCGGUUUGACCAAGCCGGACAGCAGCACUGUGUCUCCGCAGGACGACAACGGUGCUCCGAAGCCAAGCAAAGAGCAGAUAUUGGUCAUGUACGAAAGGCUGGAGCAGGAGCUGCCCAAUUUCCUCAACGAAUCCCACGACUUCAGCAUGUACGCCAGCACGGUGGAGUUUGAUAACCGGAUCAUGAGGUUUAAAACCAAAGGGCUCCCGGCCUACAAGGCCAGCAUACAGGGCCUGAAGUACCUGUGUGCAGCCUACGUGACAGGCUCUACCAUGGAGGUGCUGCGCAUCACAGCCGAGCUGGAACUUGGGCAAAUUCAGGCCAGGUGGAGGGUCCGGGGAGUGCCACUGCAUAGUUACGUCAUUCGCCCCUGGAGGCGCAAACACCCUGAUAGGUACUUUGAUGCCUUCUCCACCUUUGAACUGGGUUCCGAUGGCCUCAUUCACCGGCACAAAAUGGAUAAGGUUAUGCCAACACCAUCCGAUAAAGUGAGGGCGCCCUCAUUGGCCAUGCGCAUAGGCAUCGCCCUGGGACUGGCACGCAACCCAGCUCUUGCGCCUGACUGCAUGGUUCCCAAGCACCUCUCCUUCAUACAGCCAAAGGCGGGGACCGGAAAGUUAUAAAGAGCGUGAACAUGGCACGUUGCAUCUCUUGUAUAGUACUCCAACCUACCACAAGUAGUCUGCUGCCUUCAUUACACUGCCCUGGUACCCUGUCUCAUGGCUCUGCUUACUUUAUUAAAAAAAAGAUGUUUGCUGAAUUGAACUGAAUCUGUCUCAGUGGUGGCAAGGUUGCAUUUGUUUCGCAGGCACGUAAGGAUUUGUGGCCCGAUCACCAGCAGAUGUUGUGUAACCUGUUGCUUCCACCUGUGAACACUUUUAGCUGCAUUUAACUCGAAAGGAUUACACACUUAGUGGAGCCGUGAUAUUGGGCAUUGGAUAUUUGGGGUUGGCAAUUCUUGGCCAUUCGGUGCAACAGCUGGUCCAUAAUUCAGGUGAACACGACAGCAAAGAGAAUUUGAUGUCAUGAAAUAUACAGUGAAAUUCGCCGAAGUUUCAUUGUGUGAAAUUCACGUUUUUGUAAGCUUUUGCGCCUUGAAUUGUGAGCCACGCACCCACUACAGCAGACAUCUAGUACCAAAUAACAGUAAACCAAAAUAAAUAAAAAUGACAUUAUCUCAUAUUAAUGUAAAAUGUAACAAGUCGUAUUGGAUGCAGUCAAUCGUUUAUACCACUUUGAUUGAAAUAGUGUCGCUCAUCAAACUGUUCAGACUGUUGGAUGAUUUGAUUUCAAGAAGUUCACACAAUUUUCGUCAAAAACAAGUAUAUCAUGUUCAAUUUAAUAGUCUUUUUUUUGUAACCUCAGGUAGCAGAGACUUCCCUUAGUUCUGCAGUACACAUUCUUGAGCUGAAUGUGACGAUAAUCUUUAUGAAAACAAUUUUCCAAGUUUGUUGAUCUGAGAAUGACAAAUUUGUGCUCUACCUGCAUCGUUAAACUGAGGUGUAGCUUGCAAAGUUGGAUGGUUUUGCACAGAAGUAGGAUAUUUUGGAAAAGGUAGCAAUUAUUUGUAGAUCUGUUGUGGUAGCAGAUCCUUUUUUAUGGUUUUUUCACUCAGAAAUAUGUGUGUCUGCAUUGUAACAAAUUAUAGAAAUGCUUGGAUUACAGGGGAGUCAGGUUGGCGAAGUGUUUCUUUCUUCCCCUUCCAUCUCUGGGGGCCUAGGUUCGAAUCUGGCUCAGUCCACAUGUGGAUUGGGUUUUCAGUCCCUACCUGAGUCUGUCAAUUUUCCCUGAACUAUUUAUGCGGGGUUUUCCUCCCACCUCUAAAACUAAACAUAUCUUCAUUGUCUUCUUCACUCAUUAUCUCCGUGUAAUUUGCGCUAAAUGCGCUGUUGGAUGAACAGAUAUAAAUAGAAUAAAUCAUAGAUUGAGUGACCUGAGGACUUAUUUCCACAUUAAGCACAGGUGGUUCUUAUCAACCUAAAAAAGUAUUUAAUAUACGGGCUUUGUGUGUAAAAGCAAACAUAAAUAUCGGCUGUUCUUGUGUGAGACUGUUUUACACCACCUUGUGUGGACGUGAUGCAAGAUUUUGUGGACCUUACUUGUGUGGAAUAAACCAGGUCCUCGCAAGGUUUCCCUCACUCACAAAAACAGUUUUUUCAAGACUGUUUGGAAGUGAGGGUCAUCUAUAGCAAAGUGAGGAACAGAAAAACCGCAAUCAGCACUCUAGCACAAAACAGUGUUCACAGUGCAAAAUAAACGUUAGUAUUUUCACUGAGUUGUCUUGAUAAUGCUAAAAGGAAGAAAGGUUCACACUAGGUUUAAACAUUAGUGUGUGAACAUCAUGGGCACAACAGUCAAAAGCAUUUGCCUUUGAAUGUCGCCCUCAUUUUAUCUGUAUUUUCGUUACUGUGCCAGUUGCAGUAUUUUUGUGCCAACCAGCAGUUACCUACGAGUUCCUCUGCUUUCUUCUGAUUUUCUUUGUUUCACCUUUUUUAAUCUGUAUUGCCACGUCAACUUUGUUUUACAUGUAUACCAGUGCAUUUGGAGGGCAGACGGGGGGGGGCAGUAGGGACCAUGGCCCCCUUCCUAAAGAAGGAGCCCCCCCCCAAGAAAAAUUGGGGGGGAAUGAAUAAUGAAAGACUAAUUUGGGGGGUCAAAUUUACUUCCUGUCCUUCAAAAAACAGCACGCAGAAAGCCCCAAGAUGUAGCCUCCCCCCCAGAAAGAAAAGAAAGUGUGCCCCCCCCCAAAUGGUUCUGGAUGCAUCCAUGGAACUUUUCGAGAUCUUUUAGAUAAAAAAAUGACUACACCAGACUUACUUACUUCCUACACACCAUCAACGGUGUAAGUACAUGCACAGAGAAACUGUCAAUACGUUUUGCACUGUUGACAGAUGUUGACAAGCAUACCAGGCAACUUGUUAAAUUUGGAGUUAUUACGUACCGUCCAGUUUUACGCACGAGGCUUUGUCCACUGCCAUCAAAUCUCCAUGACCUUACUUUGCAAUGCAAGGGUUAUUUGUAUAAUUUAUUGAAGAGCCUGAUUUGUGUAGCUCUCGGUUGUUUUGUGUACAUUUUUUUAUUCACAAGGCUGAUUUAUGUUACCCGUACUGAAAUAAAAAUAUUGAUGAGAAUGUAACUUAA